AUGAAUCAUCAUGAAGUACGACAAACUCCUAAAAGAUCAUUAUUAUCAACAAGUCUAGCGAGAGAAAGAAAUUUAAACUCAAAUAAUAAUAAUCAAUAUUCAAACGAUCAACAAUCUUCAUCGACACUUAAUCAUCAUCAUAGUUUUUUCAAUAUACAUGAAUUAAUGGAUGAUGAUAUCAAUAAUAAUAAUGACAAUGAAACAAUACGAGAUCAUCCAGAACCUCAAUUAUUAGCUAGUUCUGUGGGGAAAGAUCUUAAUGGAAAAUUAAUACCUUCUUCAUCUACUAUAUCUUUAUUAUCAUUAGGACAAGAUUCUCAAUAUUCUCAAAAUUUACAACUACAGCAAAAUCAACAAAAUCAAUCAAAUAAUCAACAACAACAACAACAACCACCAAUUCUAAUACGUCAAAAUUCAAAUAAUAGAUCAUAUUUAAAUUUACAAAGAUUACAACAAUAUCAAAGAUCUACAACAUCAUCUCAACAACAACAACAAUAUUCAGAAAAUAUAUCAAAUAUAAAUUCAAAUUCAGAAUAUAUAACUAUACCAAAUUCUCCAAAUUUAGAUCCAACAUCAGUUGGUAAUUCUCCAUCAAGAUUUUGGUUAUCUUCACAAACUCCUCCUUUUAAAAUAAAACCAUUAUAUCAAUAUGUAACUCAUAAACAAACAAAUGAAAAUAACACUAACAAUAACAAUAUCAGUAAGAGUACAAUCAUAGAAAUAAGUGAUUCUCAAGGUGAUAAAUCUCCUCAAUUAAAUCCUGUACAAACUCCAUUGGAAGAUCCACCUAUGACUCCUUUGUUUUUAAAUGGUCAGUAUCAACAACAACAAGUACGAAGUGAUUAUUUUGGAAAUUUACAGGAACAUGUUGAAGAAGAAGAAGAAGAAGAGGAUGAUGAGAUGAGUGAUGAAAUGAAUCAUCAACGAAAUAGAUGA